UCCACCGUGAACCGGCCCACCGCCGCCGCACCUGGCCGCGGAGCCACACAGGAGGAGGGGAUGGGUUUGGGUGGCGAAGAGUCCGGAGGCAGCAGUUCACAGGAUCCUCUGGAAUUUCUAAAGGCGAAAGAUGGAAAAAUUAAAAUUGCUCCCGUUUGA